AUGGAGGAAACUAGCAAGAUUGCUACUCUUGGUACAGUUCCCCAAUUAGAACUAGAGGCAGACGAAGAGAAUGCUCACCGUCUAUCCCAACUAUGGCUGGUUGGCAAGGUAUUAUCACCCAAAAUAGUCAAGAAAAAUAUUGUCCAAUCCAUUAUUAGGCAUGUAUGGUUCACGGAUGAGGAGGUCAGAGUGGAUCAUUUACAUCCAAAUGUGUUUUUGUUUUGCCUUAAGUCUGUGUUGGACAGGAAUCGCAUCUGGCGAAAGCGACCUUGGUCUAUUAAUGGUGCACAUUUGGUCUUGAGAGAAUGGCGGCCCGACUCAUCCUUUGAAGAGAUUAACUUCCAUCUCUCAACUUUCUGGAUCCAAAUUCACGGGCUCCCCUUACAAUAUAUGACACGAGAAAAUGCCUUAAAGAUUAGAGGUCUCUUUCCAACCGUCUUACAAUGUGAAUAUACUUCCAGAACAAACAUCAUUGGUAUGAAAUACAUGCGCUUGCAAGUAGAGGUGGACACCUCCAAGCCUCUUCUAAAGGGCUUCUUCCAAAAGGUCGGCAAUGGUGGCUCGUGGAUAAAAUUUGCUUAUGAGCGCUUGGCUGAAUUUUGCUAUAAUUGUGGGAAACUAGAACACGGGAAAGGGAUCUGCACUGAACCCCCUUCUGCAGAACAAUCAUCAGAAGAGAAUAGUUAUGGUCCAUGGAUGCGUGCUAAAGCUACUGCCUCCACGGCGAUCAACGACAGGAACUAUCUUCGUAGGAUGGAGUUGCCUUAA